AUUUCUGACCGUUUUCUCCAAUGUUCUCUGGCUUUGAGACAAUGUUUUUUUAAGGCUCAGAUUUCCUCAGGAAACACACACAUCAGACAAACAUUCUGCGGGCAGACCUUCAAUACUGAUAUCUGCAGUCAGCUUGUGUUCCACAGAAGCUCUAAAGCAGUUCUGAAAAUGUCUCUUUCAACUCACUGUCAGUGCACAGUGGAGAUUCAGAACAAGACAUCCAGCGUCAUCCUGUCUGAGCCGCUCAUCCAUCUCUUUAGUGGAAACUGUGAGUCUCCUCUCCCUCCAACUCUUCGUCCCUCUGAAUCCGGCACCGCGCUCUUCAUAAAAAAAACCCACGCGGCCUGUGGUUCCGUAGCUGUCUUCACAUACGACAUCGUUCAGGCGUCCACCAAGCAUAAUCAAGGCCGGCUGGCUGUCAUGUUCUCCAAUCCGUACGACUUCAACAUGUACUCCAACUGGUAUGCCAUUGGAGCAUUCAGCAAGGACAAGCGUUGCGACGAGGAGCUGUACAAGGAAAUGUACUAUGGGCAACAGCUCGGCUUUGUCCGCGGAAAAGUCAAGGGCCCCAGCCUGACCAACAAAGUGGGCCGUUUGACCAUCAGGGCCAGCAUGUCUGACAGCUAUCAGCCUGUCCUGAAGGUGGAACUUUGCAACAACUAAGACUGGCUGCUUCUGUUUUAUGCAGUUUGUGAUUUAACUCAAAUAAUUUUUUUAGCAAAAGCUUGUCCUUUUAUAGCAUAACCAUCAUCUUUGUCUUCAUUAAUACCAGUUAUUUCUUUCCCAGUUUAAAAACUAUAAACCAUCUAUCCAGCAUUUGCUUUUCUAUCUGUUCUCACCACAGCUUCACAGCUUCCCCAGUGAACAUUUAGAAAGUGAUCAUGUUUUAAAUAAUCAGUCAUCUUUCCAAUCUGGAAGUUUUUCCUAAAUUGGAGGGAAAAAAACGCUUCAGUGUUCGUUAAAACGGCCAACUGAUUCAGAGUUUUCCUCUGAACCCCAACAGCUAAAUGAAAUCCUGAUGCUAAUCAGACCACAUGAAACAUGGGACCUGGUUAAA